AUGGCCCCCCACUUCAAGAACCCACAUUGCUUUGCCUUGGAGUCUUUUGUGGGUCGCCCUCACAUGGCGAGAAAUUACUCUCAUGUGGCCACAUGCUUAGGACUCUUUCCAUGUUCAUGCAAGAGAGUCAAUCCAACAAAGCUUAUCUUUGACUGA